CCGUAACAUCAUUCUGCAUAUUAGUUGCUGUAAUACAAUGCAUAUUGUUUAUAACUCUAUCCUUGUGUGUUGUGUACUUGAACAUAACAACAGAACCGAUUGAAGGACCUUGUUUGAAUGAUACAAUUUUUUUUAUACAUGCGGAUGAAUAUGCGUCUACACCAACGGAACUACAUUUGACCCUUACCAACAAGGAAUUUCUUUGGAACGCAAAUUCAACCAACAGCUCUUUUUAUUUUCGUUUCUAUAUGACAGAAGAUGGAGUUUUAAAAACAUCAAUGUAAGCAGGAUAGUGUUAAUGGAACAGGGGAACAUCCUAGUUCAACUCUCGUUCCAUAUUUCUCAUCAGUGUGUUGGUGCAGCAGUUCGGGGUCGGCAAGAUGGAGUCACACAGCAGAUUAGAUGCUAAGCAUCUGAUGAAGAUGCUUGGGGAGCACCUUUCAAAAUGCAAUCAGUGGUCACCAAAUGUGUACAAGUCCAUAGGAACCUGUGAAGAGGUUCUGGGUCACCACCGAGACAGAGUUGUUGGUUGGAUUUUGUCAUUGAAUGCAGAGUUCCGAUUCACACCAGAAACUCUUGGACUGGCCAUUUCUCUCCUGGACCGCUUUAUGAAUCUUGUAAAGGUCCGCCCUAAGUAUCUUCCCUGUGUGGCCAUCUGCUGCUUGUACAUAGCAGCAAAAACCCUGGAAGAGGAUGAGGUAAUACCGAGCACCAAGGAUCUUGUGAAGACCAUUAGGUGUGCUUGCUCUGUGGCAGAAGUUCUGAGGAUGGAGGCAAUUAUUUUAAACAAACUGUCCUGGAAUGUUAAACAAGUCACAGCGAUUGACCUUCUUCACAUUAUCCAUGGUUUGCUGAUGAGUUGUUACCCCAGACUGCUUGAUGGACUGAUACACAUGACUCCCUCACAGCAUUUAAGUAUGAUGAUGCGGAAGAUCUUCCACUGCCUGGGAAACCACCAGCUGGCAGUCCUCAGCCCCAUCAGACUUGUGUUGUCCAUUGUCAGCUUGGAGCUAGAACAAAUUACCCCAAACUGGUUAUCCAUCGUUAACAUGGUCCAGCAAGUUGCAGAGAUCAACAGUCAGACCUUUAUUCACUGUCGUGAAGUUACUGGUAUGCACUUGUCCAAACAUGGUCUUUUGCCUUCUGGAUAUCAAUUUAGAGUAAUGAAGCGUUCCAAAUCUAUCAAGAGAAAGGCAGUGGAUGAUGCAGAAGAGGAGGACUUCUAUGAUGGCAUUAAACGUCUCUAUAGCGAGGACCCCUUCGAAGUUACUGCCUCGUUGAGGAAGUCAUGUAGCUCAGAGUUUGCUCAGCACCAAGACACUGAUGGGAAAACAAAUUUCUUCAUUCCAGCUGUCAGUGCCAAUUAGAACACACCUGUUCUGUUGGCUGACAAAGCUUAUCUAUCCACACACACACUAAAAUCUGUUGAACAACUUCUUAAAUUUCGAUUAAAACUGUAAUUAUUAGCAUAUUAAGUCAGUGUUAGGUUAUAUUAACUUUCCAAGCAGUUACCUAGAUGAUAAUUAUACCUUGACAAUCAUGGAGAUAGCAGGUACUAUUUUAUAGAUCUUUCAUAGGCGAUAUAAAAUUAUUAAAUGCUAAAACGUGGAAAAUGAUAUUGGUUUCGAUAGUUAAUGUUCAACUUCAGACAAAAUGAUAGGCCUGACAUGGGAUAUUAUUUAUACAGAUAGGCUUUGUUGAGAUAUUUGCUGGUAGUAAAAACAACAAAGUUGCUCAGAGUUUAGAUGUUUAAGUGCUGAUACAGAAUUACUUUUCCUCCAGCCUGUAUGGUUGUAUAUCUACAGAAGUUGUUAAAGUAUUGUUUUAUGUUAAGAAUUUUGUUGUGUAAUGCAUCAAUACAGAAGCCACUUUACGUCUGUCUUUUCAGUUGUGACUCUUUCGGUUUUGAUGUGAAAUUGUUUUUAAAUCGAAAGUACACUUGUGUAUGUGACGUCUACAGCAUAAUUAUGAAUGCAAGGAAUUUGAUUUGAAAUUAGAUGGAAAAGCGAAAUGUAGGUGCUAUGGCGAUUCCGGUGAGAGAUAUUUACAUACAGUGAAGUGGCUUGUGUAUUUUACUGUAGUGCUUUACUGUUUUCAGAUUAUUAUUUGUUUUGAAGUAGAAAUGAGUAACCAUGCGGGCUGAAGGAAAAGGCAGAAAUAUGGCUUAAAAAAAUUACAUAAACGCCACCAACCGCCGUACUUACUUAGCUGUGUUUUAUUGUCUUAAAAUUCUUGUUCAGUUGAAACAAGAACCAAAAAAAGUUUAUAAGAAAAAUGUAAGAAAAAAUCUCUUCAGUUACCUUUAUCAAACAUAACUAUAGAUUGUACAUAGAUAUAUAUGUAUAUAUCAAAUUUUUUUUUUACUCAUUUCACUGUAGUCAAAAGAUCUUGUGUAUAUAGAAUAAUUUUAUAAUGAGUAUGUUUAUGGUUUACAGUGAAUUUCCACCCAAGCAAGGGCAAGGAAAUGUCUCAGGCAGCAUAAUUCCAAUGACUAUGAAAAGUGUUAGUUUUGUAGCGAUAUAUUUGGACCAGUGAAAAGAUCGAAAUAAUAAGGUGUGAAGGUCAUUAUAGUGUAUAUAAGAUUUAGGAUUUUUGUUUGCUGAAAACUAAUACUGGGUAAAAAUUGAUGAAUUUUAGUGUAUGAUUUCAAUUUUCCCUCCAAAUACAUACCAGUAUGUAUACAAAACUUAAUAUAAAAGAACAAAUUAUUGCAAAAUGUACUGGGAAGCAAUUUUUAAUGAUGUGUACGAGUAUUGUAAAUAAGAUUUUAAAUACUCUUUUAUAUAUAUACUAAGAAAAGAGUGAUUUAUACUUGCCAAGUUAUGUCAGAAGCAGGUGAGAGACUGAUAUUAUAUAAGGAGGGACUGAUCUAAAUAAACUGUAUGAAAAGUUUAGAAAUGCUUUACAAAUUGGGACUGUACUGUACUACUUCCAUUCCACUGAGAUCUGUGUAUUAAAUUGUUGCAACAUGGAGAGAAUGUGAUCAGAAAUCCGCAUCAUAUGAGAGAAUACAGUGUGAAACGAAAAGUGUUACAUGUAUAUUUAAUUUUUCAUUCAUUGUUGUUAUUAUACAUUUGUUAUAAAUUCAUUUUAGUCCCAUUAGACUGUUUAUUUAAAUUGUAGAAGUUACCAGACUUGAAUUUUAAGUUAACAGCUAGGUGACUUUUCUAUCUAUUUCUAACAACUCUUAAUUUUUCUGACUUACACAAUUAUAGACUGGUAACUUCUACAAUUAUUUGAAAGACAACACAAUGUUGUAAUCAUUGAUGGCUGUGUUAUGUAUAGUACAAGAUUUGAAUGGCAAUAAAUGAAUUCUGGUGGCAA